UCGCAAUCUGCUGGUCAAUUGCGCCUUCCCGAUAUGUCUGCACGUGCUCUGCUUAAGCAGCAAUUUAAGCUUAAAAACAAGCUUCCCAUUCGCUGCUUUUCUAGCACCCGAUCCACCAAUGCGGACUUCACUCAUGCGGUAAUUGGCGCAGGCGUCGUCGGCCUCGCGACCGCACGGCAACUUGCAGCUCGCGAAGGCACCUCAACCAUUUUACUAGAGCGCCAUGACGCACCAGGGACAGAGACAAGCAGUCGCAACUCCGAGGUAAUCCACGCAGGUCUCUAUUACCCCGCAACCUCCCUCAAAACCAGCCUCUGCAUCCGCGGCCGCAACCUCCUCUACGACCUCUGCGCGCAAAACAACAUCCCCCACCGCAACACGAAGAAAUGGAUCGUAGCGCAGACCCCCACGCAAUGGGAAGCCUGUCUGAAAAUCCACGCCCACGCACAAGGACUAGGUGACGCCCCGACACGGCUAGUGGGACGCGAGGAAGCGCAGCAGCGCGAACCAGACGUCAAGGCCGACGCAGGCAUCGUCGAGAGCGAGACAUCCGGUAUCGUGGACAGUCACUCGCUGAUGACCUAUCUGCAGGGCGACUUUGAGGACCGUGGAGGUGACAUUGCAUUCAAGACACGCGUAACAAGCGUGGAGGCCAUUGACGGCGGCCGUGGCGGGUACAAGAUCACCGCUGUCUCGGAUGAGGAUGGUUCAGUUACGUCCAUCACGGCUGAGACGCUGGUAAAUAGUGCUGGCCAUGGCGCGUGUGAUAUUAGCAACAUGCUCCUCCCGCAAGAGCGCCAUUUUGUUCCGCAUUAUGCUAAGGGCACGUAUUUCUCUUAUGCGUCAUCCAAACCUAAGACUUCAGUUUUAGUUUAUCCGGCGACUUUGCCCGGUACUGGAGGGCUUGGUACGCAUCUAACGCUUGAUAUGGGUGGCCGCGUUCGCUUUGGGCCGGAUGUUGAGUGGGUGGAUAGUCCUGAUGAUUUGGUUCCGAGCGCUGCGCGUUUGGAGCGGGCAUUGCCGGAGAUCAAGGCCUAUCUUCCUGGUGUCGAUGUCGAUGCCAUCGCGUUGGAUUACUGUGGCAUUCGUCCUAAAUUGGGGAGGGGCGGUGCUGUAAAUGAGGGUAAGGGAUUCCAGGACUUUAUUAUCCGGGAGGAAGAGGGUCUUCCUGGGUUCAUCAAUUUGUUGGGUAUUGAGAGCCCAGGCUUGACGAGUUGUUUGGCGAUUGGUGAGAUGGUUAAUGAAUUUCAGAAAGAGCACGACCUUCGGCUUUCUAACUUUAGAGGAAGCAAAGGUUCCAUUGCCUAUAUCAACGACCAACCCCAAUCACUACACUACACUACAUACAUCAACUCCCACUUAUCCCCGAAAAUGACAUCCCUCCUCACAACGGUAGGCCUCCGUGCCUCCCUUAACCCCAACUCAAAUCACGGCCCCAUGUUCCUAACAUUCAACUUUAUUCUCGCCUACGGCCUUCUCUCCUCGCGCACCCUAAAGCAAUGGUACGGCCUCGACCAUCAAGUCUCGCCGCGCGAAGACCUAGCCAAAUACGGCGAGGCAGCUGUGCGCGAAGGCAAGAUCACUCGCAGACAGCUGGAUAUGCUCAAGCGCAAUGAGUCAGCGCAUGCUAAUGCGGUCGAGAAUUUCCCAUUGCUGGUUGCCGGUGUGCUCUUUGCAUCGUUGGCUGGUGUCCCUGCGCGGAGAAUUAAUGCCGCGGCGUUGUCGUAUACUGUUGCGCGCGUUGUUUAUGGCGCUGUUUAUAUUUUUGUGGACCAUCCUACGUGGAGUCAAGUGAGGGGGUUGGUUUGGUGGUGGGGGAAUGUGAGUUGCUUUUUCCUAUUGUGGAAGGCUAGGGAGUUAUUGGCUUGA